UUGGUGUUUUAGGGUGGAGGAGGCUGCUGAGAGAGUUUCUCUGAAAUCAUGUGAGCACAGAGAGUCCGUCCUCUCUGAUAUAAAACCUGUGAACACUGACUCCUCUCUGCUCUUCUGCCUCCUCAGCAUCACAGAGCUUCCUGAAGACAACAACACAGACACCAUCUGUUUGACCCUCUCAGCUCUCUGUAUCAGGCGUCACCAUGGCAACACAGAUCAUUAACAUCUCAUCCAAAUACAAGGACAUCAUCUCCAAAUGUUCUCUGAUCAGUUCAGGAUCUCCUGCUCUCUACCAGCUGAGACCAAAGAAAGAGGAGAUUGGAACUCUGACCAGAAUGACUGUUGGAGAAAGAAAUCCUGAAAAGAAAAACAAAACCAUCUUACUUGUUGGUGAAACAGGAACAGGAAAAUCGGCUCUGAUCAACACUCUGAUCAACUACAGCAUGGGAGUGAAGUUUGAAGACGACAUCUGGUUUCAGAUCGUAGAGGAUGAGAAGAGAAGUCAGUCAGAAAGUCAGACAUCAGAUGUGAUCGUGUACGAGAUCUUUGGUUUUGAAGAUCAAACUCUGCCCUACUCUCUGACCAUCAUCGAUACUCCUGGAUAUGGAGACACCAGAGGAAUCGAACACGACGUCAUCGUCAGUCAAAGGUUGUUGGACCUGUUCAGCUCAGAUGAUGGAGUUCAAGAAAUGAAUGCAGUGGGUCUGGUGAUGAAGGCGAGUGAUAAUCGACUGAGUGACCGACUGAGGUACGUCUUUGAUUCAGUGGUUUCUCUGUUUGGAAAAAAUGUGGAGAAGAACAUUGUAGCUCUCAUCACACACUCAGAUGGAAUGACGCCUGAAAAUGCUCUUGAAGCUCUUGAAGCUGCAAAAAUGAAAUGUGCCAAAGAUGAGGAGAAGCAGCCUGUUCACUUCCUGUUUAAUAAUUGUCAGAGCACAGAGAGAACACAGAGAAAUAAGAGGCCUUUAGGGAAUGCAUGGGACGUUACAGAGGAAGAAAUGGGUAAAUUCACAGACUUUCUGGAAAAAUCUAGACCUCAAAAGAUGAUGGUAACAGUUGAAGUGUUGAAUGAGCGAUUCAGACUGGCAGCCUGCAUCAACAACCUGCAAGGGAGAAUCGAGUUGAUCGAACUAAAACAGACAGAAAUCAAACAGGUUCAAGAAGCUCUGAAGAAACAUGAACAUGAGAUGAAGAAUAAUGAAGAGUUCACUGUAGAAGUUGAUGAGGUCUACAAAGAUAAAGAACCCAUCAGAGGUGGGGGUUGGUUGUGGUUCUUUCUUGAAGGAGCCACCUGCUGUACAGUCUGUGAAGAGACCUGUCACCAUCCAUGCACAGUGGCCCCAAAACCUAAAGACUGUAAGGUGAUAAAAGAUGGCCGCUGCAUUGUUUGUACCAACAAGUGUCCUGUUUCAGGUCAUGUGAAAGAAAACUGGAGGUUUGUGAACAAGACAAGGAAAGUUCAGAAGACACAACAAGACAUGAAAGAGAAGUAUGAAGAGAAUAAAGCUGAAAGUGAGAAGAAGUCAAGCUUCUUGGAAAAUCUGGAAAUGGAAAUGAAAGACCUGACAGCAGAGAAGAUUCGGCUCCUUGAAGAGUCCUACCAACAUGUUUUCAAUCUGGAUCAGAUCGCCCUGAAUGUUAACUCACCAUCUACUCAUGUCCACUUGGACUUCCUGAUUGAGAAGAUGAAGGAGAAAGGAGACACAGAGAAGGUCCAGAAACUGGAGGAGAUGAAAAGUCAAAGGGAUAAAAGAGUCCCUACAGUGCUACAGGUCGUGUAUGCUAAAAUUAUAGCAGCUGGGAGAAAAACAAAAGAUGUAUGUUUCUUGUCUGAUAGUUCUUCUAAUUGGACAGGUGUGUAGGCAGCAAAGUCUUCACUGCUCAUACAAAUAUUCAAACAUCACAAAACUUAAUUCAAUACAGAUCUAUUAAUUGUGAUGUUGAGUUAAAUGUAAUCACCUUUUGAUCUGAAACCUGAGGUUUCAUUUAUCAACUGUUCUCACAGUUUUCUACUUAAACCACAUGGACGUACUCAUAGAAUCCAGUUCAUCACUUUCUUGUGUUUUCUUUGUGCAUUUGAAAUCUCUCCUGACCAACGAACAAACUCCAAGAGUUAAACAGGUACAAUCACAGACAAACCAACACCUAAAUUAUAGACACACAAACCAACUCUACUAUCUAAUAAUGAAUAUAUUAUAAGCUGUUGUUCCUGAGGACACACAAAAAGUAUAGCAGGUGUGUAGAAGUACAGCAGGUGUGUAAAAGUACUCAGUGUACUGUGUUAAUAUGCAGAGUGUACUGGGACCCAGCUAACAGCUCUGCUGUUAAAUGGAGUGAGGACGCCCCCUGGUGUUUAAUGUUCAGUACAACAGUGUGUGACAGCAGCCCCCUCCCUCCCUGAUAUCACAGUCAGACUGUGUUGGACAUUUAUUUCUCUGUGUUUUCUCAGUGUUGGUUGAAUGUUGUUCUAAUGUUUUCAGAAAACAAGUAACAUUAAUAUUAUUUUCUUCAUUUACAUGAAUGUAAAUCAACAAGCAUAAGUAUAUUCUGAAAUAAAUUGGACAUAGAUGUUAAUGUACAAAAACUAACCACAUACAAAAUAAACUGCUGCAUUAUAAUCAACAGAAUUCCCCUGACAGUUUUUAAUAGUGUUAUGUUAUAUAAAAAAAUAUUUGAUAAAUAAUAUAAAACUAUUUCCAAUGUUAACAAUGAAUCUAAACUCUAAUAAAAUCUUAUUUCUGUCUUUACCACAAA